UAUGAUGUUUUCUGAAGUUAAGAGCCUGUCAAGGCAGGAAAUGGGAUGUUGCCGACUCCUCACAGCACAGUGAACCACUCUUGCUGACAACGCACAGGAUGUCACUGGGCGAUACUGGGACGAGGGGAUACUUCUUGCCACUGCUCUUUGUGUGCUGCUGGAAGGUGUCGGCUGCAGGAGUUGCUGAUUAUGAUGAUUAUAGUUCCAAUGGAACCGAUGAGAAUCAAACAGAGCCAUGGAGUGGUCUGUGCCCUCGCACAAUCCCAGGGGAGACAGUCACUGAGAACAACACUACUUUCCUGAGUAUCUCGAAAGAUUCCCAUGGUUCACUCAAUGGCACGCUCAUCGUCGUUGUCCUUCCAUCUUUUUACACCCUUAUCUUCCUCAUUGGACUCCCUGCCAAUGCUCUGGCACUCUGGGUGCUCACCACAAGGGUGGAGAAACUGCCCUCCACCAUUUUCCUGAUCAAUUUAGCAACUGCUGAUCUCUUCUUAUGCCUGGUGCUUCCUCUGAAGAUCUCUUACUACUUCUUGGGCAACCACUGGCCCUUUGGGGAGGCCAUGUGCCGCUUUACCACUAUGGCCUUCUACGGCAACAUGUACUGCUCCAUUAUUUUGCUUGCCUGCAUCAGCAUGGACCGCUACCUUGCUGUAGCCCACCCGUUCUUCGCCCGUUCCUUCCGCAGCUCUGCCUUUGCCAUGGGCACCUGUGCUGUAGCUUGGGUGGUGGCUGUCCUCUUUACCCUGCCUCUGAUUCUCUUCCGCCAGUCCUUCCCACUCUAUGGAACGAAGCAGACUCUAUGCCACGAUGUCCUGCCAUGGCAAUGGGAAGAGCAGCAUUACUACUAUUACUUCAUCACCCUCAUUGCCUGUGGCUUCCUGACUCCUCUCCUCAUCAUGGUGUUCAGCUGCGGGGUUACACUCUGGGUCUUGUUGGGCAGCGGUGAAAAGUAUGCUUUGGCUGCCAAGCUGACAGCCCUCAUGCUUAUCUCAGUCAUGGCCUUUUAUAGCCCAAGCCAUAUCCUGUUACUCCUCGACUACUCCCGCUCCUGCCUCAGGAAGGAUGGGACGUUCUACGGGGCCUACAUGGCCAGCCUGGCCUUGAGCACCUGCAAUAGCUGCAUCGACCCCUUCAUUUACUAUUAUGUCUCAGAAGAAUUCAGGUUAAAUGUGAAGAGGAGACUCUUUGGUCACCGGAAGGAUUCUGCUAUGUCCAUGAAGACCUCAAAAGAAACGCUGCCCUCAAAAACCUUCCAUCACUCCCAGUGACCUGGGUGAAGGAGAGACUGUCUUCAAGGUACUGGGAAGGAAAUAAAGCAAAAAAGGGGCUGGCUGGGGCUUUUCAUGGUCUUUCUUACCAAUUUUUUUUUUUUUUUUUUUUUUUGAGGAAGCAGCUAAUGGUCAAUUUGUUCUUGGAGUUCUUAAAACAAUAUAGCUGGGUAAAACCUUCCCAAUCUCAGUUCCAUUCCAAUUUCCAAGAAGCCUAAUUAUGUUCCUCAUUAAUUCUGAAGUCUUGUAUAGCAGAUAGUUCUUCCCUUUAUUUCGUGGCUUAACUGUAUGGAUUUGGGAAAGUCCAAGUACAUCUCUAAUAAAUGGAUUCAAAGAAAACUUCCAAAAAUAAGUUUGUUGCUGAUUGAGUCUUCAUUAAUCUCAUCCUUUCUGUUCCUGGAUCUCCCUCAGACCUCCACUCACAAAUUAUUACCUCAGGAAGAAACCAAAAGGAGUCACAACUGUUUUAAAAAUCGAUUUUUAAUAAAAUAUUUUAUCAAUAUCUAAAUCAAACUUCUUCUCCCAUCCCACCCAACCCAACCACUGGAUGUUCCAAUUCACUAAAGAAUUGUGCUGAACCAUAAAAGCAAACUGUACCCCUGCAAUGCCUAAGCAAGUGGGGAACAGGCUGUUCUACUGAGCACUUGGAAUGAACAAACAGGUAUCUGCCUAGAUGUACAGUGGGCAAGAACAGGUAAGCCCAAUGAGCAGAGAUAGAAAUAUGUCAAGCUUGGGGUCACCACAUCAACCUGGUUCCAUUUGACAAUAAUUUGGGGUAAAUAAAAAUGUUUGUUUUACAAUAAA